AUGGCCGAGGGCAUCGAUCGCAACGUGGACGAGAAGAUGGAGUUCACCACCUCCAAGGAGGUCACGGUGGCGCCCACCUUCGAGGCCAUGCACCUGAAGGAGAACCUCCUGCGCGGCAUCUACGCAUACGGCUACGAGUCGCCUUCAGCCGUGCAGUCGCGCGCCAUUGUCCAGAUCUGCAAGGGCCGCGACACCAUCGCGCAGGCACAGUCCGGCACGGGCAAGACGGCCACCUUCUCCAUCUCCAUCCUCCAGGUUAUCGACACGGCUGUCCGCGAGACGCAAGCUCUCGUCCUUUCUCCCACGCGCGAGCUUGCGACCCAGAUCCAGUCGGUCAUCAUGGGCCUCGGCGACUACAUGAACGUACAGUGCCACGCUUGCAUCGGAGGCACGAACGUCGGAGAGGAUAUUCGCAAGCUCGACUACGGCCAGCACGUUGUGUCCGGCACCCCAGGCCGCGUCGCCGACAUGAUUCGCCGCCGCAACCUCCGAACGCGCAACAUCAAGAUGCUGGUUCUGGACGAGGCUGACGAGCUGCUCAACCGGGGCUUUCGCGAGCAAAUCUACGACGUAUACCGCUACCUACCUCCGGCUACUCAGGUGGUCGUCGUUUCGGCUACCCUUCCAUACGACGUCCUCGAGAUGACGACUAAGUUUAUGACGGACCCGGUGCGCAUUCUCGUCAAGCGCGACGAGCUGACCCUCGAAGGCCUCAAGCAGUACUUCAUCGCCAUCGAAAAGGAAGAGUGGAAGUUCGACACGCUGUGCGACCUGUACGACACGCUCACAAUCACCCAAGCCGUCAUCUUCUGCAAUACGCGCCGCAAGGUCGACUGGUUGACGGACAAGAUGCGCGAGGCGAACUUCACCGUAUCCUCGAUGCAUGGAGAUAUGCCGCAGAGGGAGCGCGACAGCAUUAUGCAGGACUUCCGCCAGGCCAACUCCCGUGUGCUGAUUUCCACCGACGUCUGGGCGCGAGGAAUCGAUGUUCAACAGGUCUCCCUCGUCAUCAACUACGAUCUCCCCUCGAACCGUGAGAAUUACAUUCACAGGAUUGGCCGAAGUGGGCGAUUCGGGCGGAAGGGCGUCGCCAUCAACUUCGUUACCCAAGAAGACGUUCGCAUUCUACGAGACAUUGAGCUCUACUACUCGACUCAGAUCGACGAGAUGCCCAUGAACGUCGCAGAUCUGUUGGCGUAG